ACCGAAUUGAUAUUCAUGGACAGAUUGGUGCCUGUACUUUACUCGUAUCUCAACACACCGGCCUUGUCAUGUCCGUCCAUCCAUCCAUCCAUCCAUCGAGAGCAUCGUCCAUGGUCGAUGUGAUAUUCGACGCAUCAAAUGCUUGUCAGUAUUGUGUUGUAUUGUUGUUCCAGAGUGAGUCCGUCAGUAUUGUUGUUCCACAUACACGACCUGGGGCUGAGGCGGUGCUGGCGGCGGGCCGGUCAUCGGGGGCGGACCCUCUGACACACACAGACAGUCAGGCAAACGGACACGCAGACAGACAGGGGUGAUAUAUACUGCUGGCGACGAGGAGACAUGGUGUACUGCUGUCUCGGUACCAACCUGAGACGUACAUGACCGCUCCUGUCUCUGCAUAUCAUUGGAAGGAGGAAGAGCAGACAACGAACGGCACAGAAAAUGACACGGUUUUCGUUUCUGUGUGCUUGAUUACGGCGGGGCGGGGGUGGGCCGGGCGGCGGCAGUGUGGUUCCGUAUCCAGGACCGCCCCCGGCAUAGAGAUACUCACCCUACUCGUCUUUGUCCCUGCCGCCACAGCACGCCGGCACCUACACGACCGUACGCACAGUGUGGCCGUGAGCGGUGUACACACAUGAUCACACAGGCAGGCGGAUAGAUAGGCGGGCAUUCAUUCAUCAUGACACCUACUGUGACGAAACAAGACCCGAUGAAGUCGAGAAUCCCGGCCGCGAUCACCAUGAUGUAGACGUAGUUCCACUUGUAGGCGAAGUAGGUCGACAUACCACUGGCAAACACACACACACACACACACAGAGAGAGAGAGAGAGAGAAUGUUGCCAUGUGUUUCUCGUGUCGUGUCAAUGCGCACUAGUUCCAGCCCCAGUUGAAGAAGGCGAAGGAAGCGAAAAUGGUGCCAAGUCCGCCAACUGCAACGAAAUUGGCGCAGCUAGUGGCGUUGACGGUGAGCCACUUGUUGACGCCAGCCGACCAACUCGUCGCCCCCAGCAUGAGGCACAAGAGUGUGGACACCAUGGACAGGAUCCAGGCGAAUACCAGGAAAAACCUCACGCACCACUCAGCGAUGUACGCGCCGAAAAACUUGAAUCGCAAGUGUUCAACUGCAGUGGAACAGAGACGCCCGUGGCAGGAGAGUCAGGGAUGCUUCCAGCAUCAGAUCUGUCAGGUCAGUGGGCGGGCGUACGGACCGUUGUAGUAUUCCCUGCAAUGGUGCUUCAUCUGCACACGAGAGAGAGACCGUGGCAACCAAUCCUUUUGUCCCGCCGGCCAUCGGCCACCACCCGGCAGCCGUCUCACGCACCAGGUCUUUGAUGUCGUCGAAGUGUUCUUUGGUCAGCCACUUGCUCUUCUGGCCCAUAUCCUUGAGGUGGUCGUAGUAAUCGUCCGCUCUGCUGGCAUCGGGCACGCUGAUGCACAUGUAAUAGGGCCCGAACUCAAGGCUGCACCACACGAACACGACGGACCCACACAGUGUCACCAACAAAGAGUCUGUGCCCUCGUGGGGCUAGCUAAGAUCAAACAAACAGACAGACAGACGGACCGGCCAUAUUGCCCGUCUUCUCCGAGCUCCUUCUUCGUCUCGGCGAAUAUCCUGCAGACAAACAGUGGCCACACACACACACACACACACGCACACGCAGGUUUUGGCUUGUGUGUGCCGUCUCAUCAUUUGUCCUCACUGUCUCACCACUGGUUGAUGAAGAACCCAAAGCCCAGCCCCACACUGGCAAGCAAGAAACAGAAGGAGGCCACCAGAUAACUCCCCUGGGCCAUCUGGAG